AUGACCCAGCCCCUUCGACGAGCAAGUUUUGAUCAGACCUCGGAUGACAAUGAGGAUAACCUUCCAUAUCCAGAAGCUCUGCUAAGAUCUGAUUUUUCUCGACAAGAUUUUGAUGCGUCAAAAUACCUAUCAACACUUUCUGAUCGACGACAAACUCUCGAGGAUUUACAGGCUGAUCUUCGAGAACGAUCGCAGUUCCUUUCUAAAGAAUUAUUGGAUCUAGUUAAUAUUAAUUAUGAAAAGUUCCUCAGUCUUGGCUCAAACUUGAGGGGAGGAGAGGAGCGGUUGGAGGAUGUGCGAAUGAGUCUACUUGGAUUUAAGCGUGGUGUUUCUGACGUACGCGGAAAAGUGUGUUCAAGGAAGGAAGAAGUCGAGGGAUUGCUUAAAGAAAAAACUCAUGUAAUGAGAGAAAUAAUGAUGGGGAGGGACCUGUUGGAGGUUGACGCGCGCCUUGAAGAUUUGGAAGAUAGCCUCAUACUUUCCUCACUUGAUCCAACAGUUUCUAUGUUAGGAGACGCGGAAGAUCAAAUUGAUGCAGAAUCUGAAACCAAGGACCAGCUAUCACUAUCCAAAUUGAAUCUUACCGGGACAACUUCAAAAAACCUUCACUACUGUGCAACAGAUUUUCGCUCUCUUGAAGCUCUUAUAGAAAAGAUUGGAAUAGAUCACCCUUUUAUCGUGACUCAACAAUCUCGAAUAAAGCAUCUAAAAGACGAAAUUAUUUUUAAUCUUAGCACAGCUUUAAAACAAAUCGCAUCCUUAAUUGUAGACGAUAAAACGAGCCUGAUAACAAUUUUGAGAGCAUUCGAUGAUCUUGGCGAGGCUUCCAAGGCCGUCUCUAUUAUAAAAACAAACAAACAAAACCUUGACACAAGCGCAUCCAAUGCUUCUCACAGGCGUACAAAAAAUAAGGCACCUACAAGUUCCUAA